GGUAUUACUGUUAUUUUACAAAAUGAAAAGUUUGUUAACUACGCGAUUGACUAUUCUUCCAAUUUCCUUAACAGCCAGACAUGGUGUUUCUCUACAUACACAGUCAAAUGCAUUAUAUACUACUAGAUCUCGUCGUUUAUUUAGUCGUUUAAUGAAUGUACGGUAUGUGGAAGAACUGGAAGCUAAACUGCCAGGUCCUAUAUAUUUAUUAGUAAAAUGGUGGUUUAAAAUAAGACCUUUUAAAGUAGAACUAGCAGAUCUUCAUCGUCGUAUUCUACGUAAUAAAGAAGGAUUUGAUACAAAAGUUCAUUCAAGAACACGUUAUUUUGUUAGAUUUCCAUUUUUAACAGAUGAAGAAUUUUCGAAGUGGUUAGUUACUAGUGACAGUAGCCACGGUGAAGGUUAUUCAUGGGCUGAAUUUGUACGGUCGUCUAGAACAGCUGCGGGGUGUGCUAAUGCUUUGGGUUUAAAUGAAAGUGUUUAUCCAGAUAGUGCAACAACAUCAGGAAACAGUAAUGAAGCAGGAGAAAAAAUAACAACCUCGAUAAUAUCAUCAUUUGAUGACCCAAACAAAGAUCAUGAAUUUGGUUAUACCCACCCAGCUUCAUAUCCAAAAUUCUUAUAUCGACCUGGUGGUAAACAGGCGAAUUCGGCAGCUAUUGUCAUGACAUCCUCUGAUCCAAAGUUUAAAGGUUACGGUCAUUUUCGUGGUUUCAUUAGUACACGUGUGCCUAAACGAGGUGAUCUAGUUCGCGCAGGUUUUGCAAAUCUCCGCAGUCCAGAAAGUAACUUAUUUGGAUGUGUUAUGCCUUAUGGUUUUGAAGCUUACUCACAUUUAAUUAUCAGAUAUCGUGGAGAUGGUCGAAAAUAUCAAAUUGUUGUGCUACCUCGUGCACGAUGGGAUUUUAACCGUUUUAAUACACACCAGUUUACAUUGUACACUCGAGGUGGACCAUAUUGGCAAAUAGCUAAAAUCCCAUUAUCUAAAUUUUAUCAUACUAGUUCAAAUAUUAUACAUAAUAGACAAUUUCCUGCGAAUCUAGGAACUAUGCGACUUCUUUCAUUUACUUUAAUGGAUGAUAUUGAGGGGCCGUUUAGUUUGGAGUUGGACUAUAUCGGUUUAUAUUUUGAUGAACAACAGAAUGAAGUAUUUGAUUAUGAAGUAUAUAACAAAUCAGGAACAGUACACUAAAUUAUACUUUAUGCUUAAGUCAUUUGCAGAUUGUAAAUAAAUCAUUUUAUUAUAAAUAAAAAAAUUUGACCGGAGAUACUCAAUCCUUCAAUUUUCUAUUGUAAAUGAACCUUUUAUAUGGCCCUUCUAUCUUAAGUCUUGUUUCGCUAGAUAAAUGUCAAUACUACUGUGUCGAAAAAGAAAUCCAUUAGUAAUGCAACUCAAAAGUAGUUUUAUCAGCCUGACUUACAACUGAUGUUAUCCAGAAAAAGUUUGCAAAACAAACAGUUAGUCUUUGGUACCAUAUGUCUAUCAUCAGUAUGACAUUUUUAGAGUAUUUUUGAAGUGUAGUACAUUAUCAGAAUGUAAUCAAAUGUUUUGUUUAUUUAAAAGUGGUCAGAUAGUACUCAAAAAUGGUAAAAGGUACAUAAUAGAAAGUAAUUAGUUCAACGAUUUAUAACCGUAGUGCAUUGUACAUCAAAAGAGCAGUUACUUGGGUCUUAGCGGUUGUUUAAUCAGUUACCCAGAGAAUACUGACAAUAUGAUUAAGUAGAUUGUGGCAAGCCCAUUUGGCUACUGUAUCAUUUAUCUAUUCAUUGUAACUCAGACUCAAUUCACUAUGUUAAUUUCGGUGUGUAUGAUCGAAUGCAUGUCUGUACAUUAACUCUUAAGCUAUCUUCCUAUUGGUCUCAAUG